CAACGCAGCGCAGCGAGACGAGGAGCCGCAGCUCGGCCACUCAAGCGGCGAGAAGAGCAUCAUGCACGCAGCUCGCAUCGCCGCCCUGCCGCCGCAGCAAGCCGCUGCUGCCGCCGCCGCUGCAGGCGUGCCGCGGGCCCAGCGCCGGCCGCCGGCGUCGACCGAGAUGGUAUCUGCGUGCGGCUGCGGCUGCUGCGCUGCCCGGACGCCGAUCCAGUGACGGACGCUUGAUUGCCGAUGCGCUUGCUCAGUCUUCGCACGGCGGGAUGCGAGUGACGGCGAGCCGCUGCGAGGAGCCGGCGGCGAGAAGGGGCCAGCAGCAGCAGCAGCGGCUCCUUUAUAAAGCCUCGCUCGAGCAUGUCCCUCGCGCACAUCCGUCACCCACCCCUCGCCCGCCAUGAGUGCCCCGCAGUACUCGCCGCCGUCGUCGUCAGGCGCCGCCGACACCUCGUUCCCGCGCGAGAAGGGCAGCGAGGAUGCCAUCACGCCCGCGCCCGCUCCCGCGCCGCAGGUCAUCAGCACCGGCGGCCAGGCGACGACGGAGGAGUACGUCUCUGAGGCGCAGCGUGCCGCCCAGGCCGGGCAGCUGCCGUUCCGCUGGGCAUCCCUCUACGAGCCCGCCGUCGUGAACCCAGCCAACGGCAAGAGCUACACCUUCAACCUGCUGCGCUUCUGGGACCCCUACGCCACGUCCUUCUGGCUCGCGACGCUCGGCUUCUUCACCGCCUUCAUCUGCUGGUUCUCGUUCGGCGCGCUCAUGACUGAGGCCGUGCGCGGCGACCUCAAGCUCACCGCCGAGCAAGUGGCCAACAGCAACCUCGCGAGUCUCUCUGGCACGGUGCUGGUGCGCUUCAUCGCUGGCCCGGCCGUCGACCGCUACGGCCCGCGCAAGGUGCUCGCCUCCCUGCUCGUCCUGGGCGCGAUCCCGUCAGCCCUCGUGCCAACCGUCACGACCAAGGGUGGGCUCUACACCAUCCGCUUCUUCAUCUCGCUUUUAGGAGGAACAUUCGUUCCCACGCAGGCAUGGACCACGACGUGGUUCGACCGACAAGUGGUGGGCACGGCCAAUGCCUUCUCAGGCGGCUGGGGCAACCUUGGCGGCGGCCUGAGCCCUGUGCUGAUGAUCAAUACGUUCGAGGGUCUUGUGCGCGCAGGCAUGACGCACCACCUCGCCUGGCGCAUCUCCUUCCUGGUCCUGCCAGUGCCCCUGCUCUUCGUCGUGGCAGCCCUCAUCCUCCUCCUCGGACGGGACCACCCGGCGGGCAAGUGGUCACAGCGCCACCAGCUCGCCGGCACGGCUAUGGCCGUCGCCGCGGGCCGCGAGGUGCACCUCGACGCACGCGAGAUCCGCGAGCAGGAGCGCAUGCGCGAGAACGCCGGCGCCGAGGGCGGACGCAGCGAGAAGGUGCGCGCUUCGGCUAAGGGACAGGACUUCUUCGAGAGCGGCAUCAAGGCCGACGCCGUCGACACGGCGCAGAGCGAGCCGCUCACUCCCAAGUCGGCGCUGGCGGUGGCUAGCGACCUGCGCGUGUGGAUGACGGCGCUCUGUUACAUGACGAGCUUCGGCCUCGAGACGGCGCUCGACGCCGCGCUACCGCAGCUGCUUUAUGGCCUCUUCGGCGGGCCGAACUUCACCGUCGCCGACGCAGCGUAUGCCGCGUCGAUGUAUGGCCUGCUCAACCUCUUCGCGCGCCCCGGCGGCGGCGUCAUCUGCGACAUUCUGUACCGCAAGUACCGGCCGCAGGGCCUCGGCGUGCGCGCCAAGGUCACGUUCCUCAUCGCCACGGCGACGGCGCAGGGCGUGCUCAUGAUCGGCCUGGGAUUCUACAUCGACAAGGGUUCCCCUCCCACGCUUGGCGGAGUGCUGGGCUUCCUCGUGGGCGUAGCCAUGACCGGCUUUGCGGCCAAUGCGGCUGCCUACGCAUGCUACGGCCACUUCCGCCCGCAGAACGUGGGCACUGUGGCAGGCUGCGUAGGUGCAUUUGGCGCUCUCGGUGGCAUGAUCUACACGGGCAUCUUCAAGUACCAGCCGGGCACCAAGGCAGCGCGGACACUGGGCAAGAAGUUCUGGAUCGCGGGCAUCUUCAACGUCGUGGCCAUCCUUCCGUUUGGCUUCUUGCCGCUGGGCGAUGCUGCGUGA